AUGGCGGAGAUUCUGAAUCUUUUUACUUUUUCAUUCCCACACCGUUUAGUGUGCAGCAGACAGUUUCCUCCUUGUAACCUAAGUGAAGACGACCUGCUGCAGAACCCACACUUCAGCCAGCUGCUGCUGAGUCUCUCACAGCAUGUGGACGAGAGUGGCUUGAGCCUCUCCCUGGGCAAGGAGCAGGCCGAGGCAUGGAAGGAAGUUCGACUGCAUAAGACAGCAUGGUUGAGGUUUGAGAUUUUACAGCGAGUCAUUCAAGAGCUGCUUGUGGAUUACUAUGUGAAGAAGCAAGACACAAAUUUAACUUCUGAGGACAAAAAGUUCCUUGAGACCCUUGAACAUCGGCUACUUGUGACUGAACUGACACAGAUCUUAAGCCCUGGCCAGGAGAUGGGGACGCCUCUACUGCUAGGGCUGGAGAAGGCGGACCUUCUGGAACUCAUGCCACCCUCAGAGGACUUUGUGUGGAUGCGAGCACGGCUCCAGCUGGAAGUGGAGGAGCAGCUCAAGAGGAAGUGUUUUGCUCUGCUUUGCUACCGUGACCCCAUGGUGGCUGAGAAGCAGCAGUGCCAGGAUGCACAGAGCCAGCAGAAGGAGCAGCUGGUGCUGCUGGAGAAGAAGAGUGCCACCUACUCCCAGGUGCUUCUGCGCUGCCUCGCCUUGCUGCGGAGGCUCCUUCAGGAGCACCGGCUGCAGGCACAGUCCCAACUGGACCGCAUCAAUGCCCAGUACCUGGAAAUCAAGUGCAGUGCCAUGAUCCUGAAGCUGCGGAUGGAGGAACUGAAGAUCGUGUCUGACACUUACACUGCUGAGAAAGUGGAGGUUCACCGUGUUAUUAGGGACCGCUUAGAGGCAGGCAUUCACAUCCAAGAGCAGGACAUGCAAAAGUCACGACAGGUGCUGAGCACCUAUGAGGUUCUCGGGGAGGAGUUCGACAGGCUGGUGAAGGAGUACACCCAGCUCAAGCAGGCAGCCGAGAACCGGCGCUGGGCCCUGCAGGAGUUCAGCAAGGCCUACUGCUGAGUGUGGGCAGAGCCGGGAAGCAGGGAUUCUGCACAGCUGCCGCUUCCCUCUUCCUGCUUCACGGGCCGCUUCCACCUGGGCAAGUCGGGACAUGUGCUUAAAAUGCUGCAGGUGUGUACGCACCUGGUUUCCUCAUUUACCAUGACACAGUCUAUUCUGGAAAACAGAUUUAUGUGACUUUAUAUGUCACUGUUUAUGUCAGCCCUGUGUUUGAUUAGCUCCUGAAUAAAGUGAUGCC